GUUCUACCGGUCUACCCAACACCACCGCAUCCAGAGUCUGCUACACCCAUUGUCACACAGUCAAUCUACACACUCUCAAAACAAUAGCUCCGCCUGCGUUCGUCGUUUCAAGAUUUUCCCAACCCCACCAUACAUUCCCUAAUGCAGCCUUCCUCGGAGGAUCUGAUAACCCAAAUGCAAGCUCAAAUGAUCCAAGUUCAAGUUCAGAUGACCCAAAUGAAAUCUCAAAUGACCCAAGAGCAGGCACAAAUGCAGGCCCAGUUUGACCUGAUGCAGAACCAGAUUCUAAUGCUUGGUGCUGAAACAAAGGCUGCACGUGCCCGCGCUUACAAUGCCACUCGACUGGACAACAUCCGCCCUGUAGUCAAAAUUAUGAGCGGCCAUCCUGCCCCAAACCCUCCCCAACACUUCAAUUUUGAUCAAACUGAAUAUGUUGUAGGUGCAAAUCCACCCAUUGGCCUGGUUCCUGACAAUUUCAAUGAUAUCUGUCAUCUUGAGCAUGAUCAGUUAGACUGCAUCCAUUGGUUCUAUAAUGAACCAUCACUCGUUAAAGGUUCAUACACACUGCUUCAUCGUCAUGGCCAAAUAGCUGCUUAUCUGAUGGCCUAAUGUUUGGGAUGAUAAGUAGUUGGGAGAGGAAGCAUGUGUGAGAGGAAACAGGAGAAAGAUGCUAAAUAAUGUUGCAGUUUUUGUGAUGUUGCUUUGGGACUGUUUUGUGUAACAUUGAUUUCUAAUGUGAUG